AUUUUAGUUUUGCCGCUAUUAAGCUCAAUUCCACUCGUAUCAACUCAGAACGUCGCCGAUCAUAAAAAAACGUGCCGUACAAAAGAAUGUCUAUCUGCAGCUCAAUAUUUGAACGAAUCGAUCGACUUCAACGCAGAUCCUUGCGAUGAUUUCUACAAAUAUGCGUGCGGAAAUUGGCCUCAUGUUCAUGGCCAUUUACAAGAAGCGAUUUUAUUACGAAAAUACGAAAAUAGGGAGGAAAUUCUAGAUUUUCUCAAACAGAAUAACACCGAAUACGAACCAAAAGCCGUCCAUAAAGCAAGAAAAUUUUUCUCCUUAUGCAUGAACAAAGCUGCUAAUACUUGUGCGAGUAAUAACACAAUGUAUCCACUUUCGAACAUCCUACAUACAUUGGGCAUAUCAAUGCUUCGGAACGAAAGUGAAACGGAUUACACAACAAUGUUAGCUAGAGCAUCGAAAUUGGUUGGAAUCGAUAUGUAUUUCUCACUAGGAACGAGCUCAAAUCCGCACAAUCGAACAGAAAAUAUGAUUGUAUUAACGUACCCAGAAAACGAAUCAAAAGCUAAGAACACCAUUUUGCACCCGUCAAGCAUAGCAAGUAGACCGAGAACAGUAGUAGGAAAGAUAACUGAUCACCAAUUCAUAGAUAGAAUGAAACGUAGCACGAGCCCCGAAUUAGAUAAAAUGGAUAAUAAUAAGACUACGGAACAACAUGAGCAGAUGAGAAAUAAAUCAAGUACUGCAUUCACCAUAUUAUACACUCUGAAACAACUACAAGAUUUAACUGACGGCAUUGCCAUUGAAGCAAAUACAACAAUUCCUCAGUUGAACUGGACGAGGUACAUUGAAGAACUUUACACUGGUUUGGAUAACGUAACAUUAGAUCUUAAUGACCCAACCAAAGUUAAAAUUUCCAUUUAUGAUUUGGAUUACAUCCAAAAAGUAAUACAUCUGAUUUACGAAAUGCAAAGUGUGAAAAAAAUCGUUGAUAAACUUCGGAAAAAAGUUGUAGGCCUAAUUUCUCAUUUAGAAUACUGCGUUUACCCGUAUUUCUCGUACAACUACAAACACACAAUCACUAUACCAACAGAAUUACACUGUGUUAAGAAGACCAUUGAAUCAUUAGAUAUGGCAGUUAGUUACGUUUAUACCACGAAGAAAAAAUACCGCAAAGCCAAGAUCAUAGUUGGUGAAAUGUUUGUUCGUAUUCGAGAUAGUCUCGAACAAAUUAUGCAGAAAGCAGAAUGGUUGGAUGAUAAAACUAAAAUAAGAGCGCUGAAGAAAUUGCAGUCCAUGAAAGCUCGUAUUGCCUAUCCAGAUAUGAUCGAGUCACCACAUGAACUGAACUACUUAUACAAAAAUGUGCAAUUAUACAACACCUUCUACGACACAGUGAUUUCAAGAAUUCAGAGAGAUCGAAAAUCAAAUUUAAACCGGUUGAAUCAAAUAAAUGACUUGAGUAUAGACGACUGGAAUGAUAAAAGCCCAAGCGCCGUAAAUUCUUUUUAUGAUAUAUUGAAAAAUACCAUGACGAUUCCAGCUGGCAUACUUGGAUCACCAAUGUAUAGCAACAGUUUAAAAGCCCUGGAUUAUGGAGGAAUAGGUUCAUUUAUAGGUCAUGAAAUAACUCACGCAUUUGACAACACAGGACGACAUUACAACGAGAUAGGAAUUUUCGAAAACUGGUGGACAGAAGAGACUUCAAAAAUAUACGAUGAAAAAGCCAAAUGUUUUGUUGAAGCGUAUGAAAAUUAUAGUACCAGCACUGGGAACGUCGCCCAAAAGCAUGACAGUAAAGAAACCUUAGGGGAGGAUAUCUCGGAUAAUGGUGGAUUCAAGGAAGCACUCUACGCGUACAAAAAGUAUAUAUCAGAAUAUGGAGAUGAACCGAUUCUUCCGCUGUUUGAGAAUUUUACUCACGAACAGCUCUUCACACUUUCGUUUGCUAAUGCAUGGUGUGAGAAUCCGACGAUGGAUUCUGCGGAAGCAUCUCAGUUCGAUGAGCAUAGCCCGAAAGGUGUUCGCGUGAACGGAGUACUCUCGAACUCCAAAGAAUUUCCUGAGAUUUGGAAAUGUCCAAAAGGUAGCAGAAUGAACCCGAAUAAAGAAAAAUGCUCAAUAUGGUGAUUUUUCAAAUAGCAUAUUUAUCUACCUAAGAUGAUGCAAUAUUGUAAAUACCUAGACCUACCGUAUCUGUCUUUACUGACUUAUAUUCCAAUUUCCAUACAAACUCUAAUAAAAAUUAAGUCAGAUCUUUC